AAACAUUUUUAUGAUAUAAACCAUAGCUUCGGAACUUAUUUCGUCUGUUUGAUGAUAGAUACGAUGCUAAACAUAUGCAGCUAAACAAGUUUCUUAACUAUACGUAAUUGUUUGUUUUAAAAAAGCAGCAAUAAUAUGUGGAGAGAGAUGAACCCGGGCAAAAGAUUCCUUCCACAGAACUGAUAUAAUUUAUUCAUUUGUUUAAGAAAUUAAUAACGACUGUUACAACGUACGUAUACCAUAGAAGGUGAAGAGUAGAAGUACUUUUUUAUUAAUAUUUAUAAUUGUGUACAAAAAAAGUAUAAUAAAAGACUAAUAUGGCUAAAAAAUUAAAGAAAAAUGCCACUAAUGCAAAAAAUACUGGUAAAAAUGUUAGCUCAAAGAAUAACCUUCAGACAAGGAAACAAACGGAAGAUGACAAGAAUAAACAUAAAUCCGCUAUUAUUAAAGAUCACAAUUUGAAGUUCAAAAACAAAUCUACGAAAAAUAAAUUAACUAAAACGGUCAAACAAAUACACAAGAAUGGAGAAAAGCGUGCUUUCACUAAUAUUUUGAAUUCUGACACUGUAAAAGUCGUAAAUGUAAAAAACAAGGACAAAGGUAAAAUAAGUAGACAAGUUCAAAAUAAAAAGAAUCAGCAAAUUAACGACAAAAAACUAAAACAGCAAAAACAAAAUAAAAAGAAUAAAAUUUCUGAUCAAUCUAAGAAUAAACUUAGUAAUGAUAAAGAGCUUGCAAAAAAAGCAAAAUCAAAAUCUACAGGACUUGAAAUAAAACAGAAGCCAAAGCUUAAUGAGAAAACAAAAAAAUUGAGUAAAGUAUUAAAAAAACAAAUAAGGCAAAAAGAGAGUAAAUUUUCAACAGUGUCAAAAAAAAAAAAUAAUGAUUCACAAGUAAUUAUAAACCGUAACUUAGAUAUCAAGCGUUUGGAAACAUUGCUUGCUAAUAAACAAAAAGAACAAAAAAAGAAGGAAAUAAAUAUGAAACCACAAUCUUUAAGACAAAGAAUGAUGACUAAAUUAAAAGCUUCUAGGUUCAGAUAUCUAAAUGAAACACUUUAUAAUAAUGAAAGUUCAGAGUCUAAAAAAUAUUUUAAAAACGAUCCUGAUGCAUUUAAGGCAUAUCAUGAGGGAUAUAAACAACAAGUCGAUCAGUGGCCUGUAAAUCCUCUUGAUAUUGUAAUAGCUUCAGUUAAAAAAGUGCCAAAGGAAUACAUAGUUGCUGAUUUUGGAUGUGGAGAAGCGAGGCUUGCUACUGAAGUUCCUCAUAAAGUACAUUCUUUUGAUUUUGUUUCUUUAAAUGAAAAUGUAACUGCUUGUGAUGUGGCACAUACAAAUCUGUUAACAAGUAGUGUAAAUGUUGUUGUAUUUUGCCUAUCACUUAUGGGAACUAAUCUUAAAGACUAUAUUAUAGAAGCAAAUAGGGUUCUUAAAAAAGGUGGUAUUUUAAAGAUAGCUGAAGUUGAAAGUCGAUUUGAACAAGUAAAGGAUUUUAUAGAAGCAAUUAAUAGUUAUGGUUUCAAAAUUAUUUGGAAAGAUUUAUCACACAACUUGUUUUACUUUUUAGACUUUGAGAAAGAAAAAGACAUUAAAGGUAAAAGAAAUAAUCUACCUCCUAUUACUUUAAAGCCAUGUUUGUAUAAAAAACGUUAGAUAAUAAGUAAUGAUUAAACACUAUAUUUUUAUAUUUCAUAAAAAAUUGUGUUUUAAUAAAAUUUAUUAUUUUAUUA